AUGUUGACCCUUGCCAUUGGCGACUUGUUUAUUCCUGAAAGAGCUAUAGAUAUUCCCAAGAAGUUUAAGAAACUAUUGGCUCCUAAUUCACAAACCGUACCCACCAACAGCAAAAUUAAUCGCGUUGUAUGUUUGGGUAAUAUUCUCAAUUCAACAUCGACUCUACAGUUUUUAAACAAUAUUUCACCAAGGUUUGAGCUAGUGAAAGGCGAAUACGAUGAUGCUAGUAUUGUAUCACAACAGUUGCAAUUGAUUGCAGAUUCACAGUCUAAGUCACUGCCAAGAAGGAGUGGCAAUUCUGCCAUGAAAGUUCCCAUGUACAGUCGAUUCGUGCAUGAUAAUUUGAAAAUUGGGUUCACCAGUGGAUACCAGAUUGUUCCACGAGGCGAUCCAUUGGCCCUAAGUGCCUUCGCAAGAGAGUUGGACGUGGAUGUGUUGAUAUGGGGUGGAACGCACCGAGUUGAAGCUUAUACGUUGGAUGGUAAAUUCUUUGUCAAUCCGGGAAGUGCAACUGGUGCGUUCAGCUUUGAUUGGCCCGAAAUUGAAGAGGAUGACGAGGAUGAGAAAGAAAAGGCAGACGAGGAGACGGAGGACGCUCAGAGAGAACAAAAUAAAGAGACGGCGACCAUGGAUGAAGCAAAUGAAAAUGAAGGACCUACAAAUCAAGAACAAAAGGACACAAAAGAACCAGAGGAGAAUACAAAUUUGCAGGAGAACAAAGACAAAGGAGACAAUGAACUGGAAGCUUUCAAGAAAACACUAUAUGAAGUGACAGAGUUAAACACCAACAUCCCCUCGUUUUGUAUACUUGAUACCAAGGGCUCUACGUGCAUUCUUUACAUCUACACGUAUUUCAACAACGAAGUCAAAGUGGAUAAAGUCACAUAUAAUAAAGAAUAA